ACGAUGAUGAUCGCCGGCUUUCUCUUGGGUGCAUGUUUCACGUUGAGGAAGUAUCAAGGUAGGCGCCUUCCCGAGUUGAGCAACGCCAGCCAUCAACCGAUCCAGCUAGACACUGCUUCCAUCAUUUAGUCCGUCAUCAACCUCGAAUCAUUCAUACAUCGUCGCAUUAUACAUUAUGGCUCCCCUUUCUCUUUCAGCAUUCCUUCUCAGCAAGCGCCAUGGAGGGGACGGCGAUGUGGGAGCGCCUGGAGCCAUCGGUGAUGGCGGUACGAAUGCAUCCGCGAUUGCUGCACUAGCAGUCGGGGUACUUGCUCUCCUGGCAACAAUCUUCCAGACUUUGCAACAGUAUAUCGCGACAGCAGACGGCUUUCGACGUUGUGGUCCCGGUGUCAUGGGGCCCUGGGGUUCGAAGACUCGGUUGCGAUGGCGAUGGAGAGAGUUUCGAUUUGAGUGCCUCUACUGCGUUCCCUAUGUUGAGUUUAGUCUUCCUGUCAGAGGAGAAGACGGCUCCCGAACAGUUCGACCCUUCUGCGAUCGACCUGAACUCACCACGUUCGACCCCAACCCGCCGGACAAGCAUCGUGACUGGAAUGCUGAAUUAGCAGGUUGGGUCCAUCUGCUACACAACCUGGGCUUGCAUGAUCAACACAUCAGACGACAACUCAUCGAUCCUGUCGGUCCGCAGGAAGCAAAACGCAUGACCUAUUGCGACUGGCUUCGAUGUGGCCGUGCAGAGACAGCCUAUCGCAGUUGGGAUUUUGUACCCGACGAUGUCUUGAGACCACUAGCCAUCACGACACUUUCAGGCCUGGCAGCAACCACUCGCCGGCUGGGAAUGAGCUGGAAGCAAUUCGAGCCAAACAUUGGCACGUUGCAAGCCGAAGGCAAUCAUCAAGUCAUUACUUCGACCGUCAUUCGAGGUAUGGGGAUCAUCAUCCACUAUCUUCGAGACCCUGAGCUGGACGCGGAUGUUCUUGGUCAUAUGCAUCUUCACGGCACCUCUCCUCUGAGUCAAGCCGAUGAGCUGCUGUUUGGAAGAGUGGCACAUACCGACCUGUUCAAUCUCCAUAGAGCGUUGCCUCAUCUGAUCUUACACAUCGGCUCUCUGAGUGACGUUUCUUCUACGCUGCCUAAUCUCUUCUCAGACUCAUCAGCUGCUGAUAGUAUGAUCGCUGCCCUUCGCACACGAAGUGAAACCGGAGACAAGGACUGGAUGGAAUCGGUCAAUGACAUUGUUGCGUUCUUCACACCCUUCCUCGGCAUCUCCACUCACACUCGACCCAUCAUUCCCUGGCCGAACGUCUCAGCACGUGGCAUGACCCAUACUGUCUUCCGACCUUUCUAUGAUCAGCUCACUGCACUGGUAGAUCGCAGAGGAGCCACCGCUUCAGGAAACUCUCGACGACUGCGUGAAUUGUACUCUGAUCUGAAGGCUCGCUUCAACCGGCCAGCAUCCCAGCGUGACAACAUCUUCAGUUGGGAAACGCCCAAACUCACUUUCAAAAGCGAGAUGCUGGCGACCGAGCCAGAUGAUGCGAAAGCAAUCUGGGACGUCUUCAACGAGUGUGAGUCGAUGCUAUACUCGAGCCCAGUCAUCCAAGCUGGACGAUUCCACGUUCUCGUCACGCAACACUUGACGUUCUCGACACGUAUCGAAGCCUCGGCCACAGACACAGACAAGAUGAAGCGCAUGUUCGCAGCUCUUCCGGAAAUGGCUCGCGUUGUAAGAGCAGAAUGGGACGGUGAAGGCGAAAUCCUGGAAGCGCUCUCCACAACCUCGGGCUCAGAGAUGGAUGGCAAGACUGAGUGGGUAACGAGACCAACAGAGUUGCAGGUCGAGGCUGCUUGGUUAGCGAUGAUGCUGAGAGCCAUGUGUUGGCAGAGAUUACAUGUUGUUCAACCUGGUAUGCCGUUGCCAAUCGAAUAUUCGAGAAGUAUGCUACCUGUGUUUAUUACCUGAGAGGACAUGAGAAGUUUGGAUUACUCAUUACCUGAGAGCUGGUUCGUAGUCAGCGAAAAUAAUUGUUACUUAUACCAAACCGAUCCUUAGGACAGGGGUUUCUUGUCUGCGUGUCUGAUUCUUGUCUCCGAUCCUUACUUCAGCCACUCGCCAAGUGCUCAUCAGUUCACGCGGCUGAAUUGAUACGA